UCAAAGUUGCCAGUAAUUGAAGAUGAUUCACAAGGACAUUUGGUGUACAAGGAAGGGAGUGUCGUCGGAGGACGGUGUAAGAGCUUCAGUUCAACAUUUCAUCUAACAGUCGGGGAAGGGACAUUUGGAAAAGUUGCAGAAUGCUUGGAUCUCAAAGCGAGAAUUCGGGUUGCUUUGAAAAUCAUAAAAAAUGUGGACAGAUAUCGGGAAUCUGCCAAACUAGAGGUCAACGUACUACAAACAAUUAAAGACCAUGAUCCAGAGGGGACAAGCUUAUGCGUUAUGGUACUGGACAGUUUUUUGUAUGGGGGACAUGUUUGCAUAUCGUUUCCCAUGUUGGGAUUAAGUGUCUAUGAUUUUUUAAAAGACAACGGAUACCAACCAUAUCCAAUGGACCAAGUGAAACAUAUCUCGUAUCAACUUUGUGUUGCAGUCAAAUUUCUUCACGAGUUGAAGUUGACCCAUACUGAUUUAAAACCUGAAAAUAUACUUUUUGUUUGCUCUGAUUAUGAAAUUGUACCAGGUCAAUCAAACUCGAAAAGAAGAAAAAAACUCGAUUAUAAAAGAGUUCUAAACACUGAUAUUCGAUUGAUCGAUUUCGGUUCAGCGACAUUUGAUGAUGAGCACCACAGUUCCGUGAUCUCAACGCGUCAUUACAGAGCCCCUGAAGUUUUGUUAGAUAUAGGGUGGACUCAGCCAUGCGAUAUAUGGAGCAUUGGAUGCAUAAUAUUCGAACUCUACACAGGAUUCACUCUAUUUCAAACGCACGAGGAUAAAGAGCAUCUAGCGAUGAUGGAACGCAUUCUUGGCUCCAUACCUUAUCGCAUGUCAAAACGUUCCAAGACCGAAUAUUUUUGGCAUGGACGACUGGACUGGGAUUACCACAGCUUGGCUGGCAAGUACGUUCGAGAAACGUGCAGACCACUUUAUCGUUACAUACAAGGCGAUAGUGAUAGCGAUCGUCAGCUGUUUGAUCUGGUCGAGAGAAUGCUUGAAUACGAGCCAGCACAACGGAUGCCGCUUGAAGACGUCAUCAGGCAUUCUUUCUUUGCUCAAACGAGAAAACAAUUCAAUCAAAAACAACAAAAUGGAGAAACGUGA